AUGCCUGCCUUGCUGUUUCUGUCUGUUAUACAAACCUUUGAUUGAACCAUCCAACCAUCAUCCCCACAAUCCAUACCUUCCCAUAUCUGCAAGCAAAAUACCAACCUCCUACAAAUCACCCAUUUCACCCCCAACAUCUCUCUCCAAUCAACCAACCACAAUGUCCAAACAGACCUACAGAGUCUGUUUCUGCUUCCGCCGGAGGUUCCGCCUUGCUGCCACCGAAGCUCCGCCGCCGGUCAAGGCUAUGUUCAACAACUACUCCGAUAACGGCGUCAUGAACGUCGAUCACUUCCACCGCUUCCUUGUUGAGGUCCAGAAACAGGAGAAAGCUAGUUUGGAAGAUGCUCAGGCAAUUAUGCAUAGUACUGCUCAUAUAUUUCAUCGCAGGGGGUUUAAUCUCGAGACCUUUUUUAAGUACUUGCUUGGUGAAUCUAAUUCUGCUUUCGAUACUAAUCGUUCGGUUCAUCAUGAUAUGAAUGCUCCAUUGUCUCACUACUUUAUAUUCACCGGUCACAAUUCCUAUUUAACUGGGAACCAAUUGAGCAGUGACUGUAGUGAUGUUCCCAUAAUUCAAGCAUUGCACAAAGGCGUAAGAGUCAUUGAGUUGGACAUAUGGCCCAAUUCAACUAAGGAUGAUGUGCAUGUCCUUCAUGGAGGGACAUUGACGACUCCAGUUGAAUUGCUUAAAUGUUUAAAGUCUAUCAAGCAGCAUGCUUUCACUGCCUCUGAGUAUCCUGUUGUGAUUACCCUAGAAGACCACCUUACUACCGAUCUUCAGGCUAAAGUGGCUAAGAUGGUUCAUGACACAUUUGGAGACAUGCUGUUUACUCCUGACACAGAGGUUUUACCAGAAUUUCCGUCUCCAGAUACUCUGAAAAGAAGGGUUAUGAUAUCUACUAAACCUCCUAAAGAGUAUCUUAAAUCCCAAGAAACUAAAGCAAGCGGAAACGCUUCACAAAAAGAGAAUGAUGAAGCCUGGGGUGGUGAAAUUCCCAGCUUUAAAUCCAGGAGUGCUGAAUUUAAGGAUGAUUUCGAAGAAGAAGACGAAGAGGACUAUCAAGACGACAGUGCCCCUGCAUAUAAGAAUUUGAUUGCUAUUCAUGCCGGAAAGGGAAAGGGCGGUUUGGACGAUUGGCUGACAGUUGACCCAGAUAAAGUCAGACGGCUUAGCUUAAGUGAGCAAGAGCUUGAGAAGGCUGCGAAAACUCAUGGACAACAAAUUGUCAGGUUCACUCAGAGGAAUAUUCUGAGAGUGUAUCCUAAGGAUAUAUGUUUCGACUCAUCUAACUAUAACCCACUGUUUGGGUUUUGCUUUAGGUUUACUCAGAGGAAUAUUCUGAGAGUAUAUCCUAAGGGUAUACGUUUCGACUCAUCUAACUACAACCCACUGGUUGGGUGGAUGCAUGGAGCUCAGAUGGUGGCGUUUAAUAUGCAGGGGUAUGGAAGAUCACUUUGGGUGAUGCAAGGAAUGUUCAAGGCCAAUGGUGGUUGUGGAUAUGUUAAAAAACCUGAUAUCUUGAUCAACAAUGAGUCCAUCUUUGAUCCUAGAGUUCAAUUACCUUGCAAAAUGGUCCUCAAGGUAACCGUUUAUAUGGGCGAAGGAUGGUACUAUGAUUUUUCGCAUACACAUUUUGAUGCAUACUCACCUCCAGAUUUCUACACAAGGGUUGGAAUCGCUGGAGUACCUGCUGAUACCAUAAUGAAAAGAACGAAAGCAAUCGAAGACAACUGGAUCCCUGCAUGGAACGAAGACUUCGAAUUUUCGUUAACAGUCCCGGAACUUGCUCUCCUCAGGAUCGAAGUUCAUGAGUAUGACAUGUCAGAAAAGGAUGAUUUUGGUGGCCAAGCAUGCCUACCAAUUUCUGAGCUGCGUCAAGGCAUUCGAGCGGUUCCAUUGCAUAACCAGAAAGGCGAAAAGUACAAGUCGGUAAAGCUACUUAUGCAUUUUGACUUCGACUUUGUUUAAUCUGUUGCAUUGCAUUCGGGUAUUGUGUUCAUUGUUGAAGCCUUGCUUGUUGUGUGUAUAUGUCCGUGUUGUGUGUAUAUGUCUGUUAUUUGUUGAAGUUAAUGAUAUGUGAAUAUUUCCGAGAAAUGUUGUACAAUACAAUCCCAUGAGAAUUCUACAUUUUUUAUAGUUA